AUGCCAUUCCGAGUCUUUGAAAUAGCCGACCAGGGAGCCUGUUUUGUCAUAUCAAUUAUCUGCGCCCUGUGCUGUGUUACGGCAAUUGUGCUUCGCUUCGUGGCAACUCAUCGAUCCAACCGCAAGGCUGCUGUAGAAGACUGGCUUGCCCUGGCUGCGGUCCUGAGCUUCGAAAAGGUUAUGAAGAUGAUAUUUCCCGCUACUAUCUUCGCCAUGCUGGAUCAGACCUUUGCCAAGCUAAGCAUAUGCGCUAUUUACCGUCGAACUUUCGGCGUGAACCAGGUGUACAGACGCUGGAUAUACUUCCUCGCUGCAGCUCAGUGUGCGACCUGGUUUACUUUGCUGUGCAUCCAAUUUCUUCAAUGCCAACCUCUCCACAAAUACUGGAACUGGCUGGCUCCCGGACGAUGUAUGCCUUGGACAAAUAUUCUUCUGGCUACCGAGCCUCCCAACUCACUCGUCGAUCUGGGGCUUGUAGCGCUCGCCAUGGCAAUGAUUCGGCCCCUGCAAUUGAAGUCAAGCGCUAAGUGGAAGCUACGUUUCCUUUUCGGCCUUGGGAGCCUUGCUGGAAUUUUUGGGUUCAUCAAGAUCGGCCUCGCCUAUAAUCCUGAUCCAAUCUACCUGACUGCCUCCCUUCUGAUAUGGGAGAAGGCCGCUUCAGCACUGGGUAUUACACAGGCAGUACCAGAUGCCUUGUCACUAGUGACGCUGGACGUGGUGUACCUCAUAUCGACAAAAACCACCCAAUGGGCUCAAUUCAGGUCGACAGACGUGUAG